UGUGAACCUGCGACAAUUGUAGACCCGGCUUAAACGCCACAGACAGACCCUGAAGAAGAAGAAGAACUAGUAUUGACAGUUAUUUAACCAAAAAUAAUUUAUAAGAUAACAAUGAUGAUCAUAAUAUGAUCAUCAUAUUCUUGUUAUAUGGACAUCUGUUCUGUGAAAACCAGAUAAUUUUACAAAUAUUCAUACAUCGUUAAGAAGAUGAAUUUGCCUGUACAAUAAUUGUGCAUAAAGGAUAGUUUAUUUUGAAAAAAAAAAUAGGCGGUUAUGCCUCAAAAAUACGAUAUUAUAAUGGGAGAUAAAUUUGAGGAGUUUCAUCAGGCAUUUAAAGAUGUAAAAAAGUGUGAAUCUAAAAAAUUCUGUUUUAAAAAAUCAUUUAAAAUAAAUGGAAAAGAAACCAUUGGCUCUAAAAAAAAUGAAUUUAACUCUUUAAAUCACAAUAAUAAGCAAAUUUUAAACAAUGAGGAAUAUAUACAAAACCAUCCAGAAGGAAAUUCAAAAUCAAAAUAUGUUUUUAAGCGAGUAGAUCCAGUAGAUUUAAAAAACUCAGUACAACCGAUACAACAUAAAGCAAAGUCAUCUCAAAUAAACAAUACUAAUAAGGUUACUAUAAUAAAUAGUUCCUUAAAUCCUUCAAAAGAAGGUUAUAUAGAUGUACAACAAACUAAGGCAAAGUCAUCUCAAAUAAGUAAUACUAAUAAAGUAACUAUAAUAAAUAGUUCUUUAAAUCCUUCAAAAGAAGAUUUUAUGGAUGAUGAAGAAUUUGAAAGGAGGUUUGGAAAUGGAGAAACUUCAAAUCAGUUGCACUUGAACUGCAACAAUCUAGAAUAUAGUUUUAAUAAGAGCUCGGAAGAAGAAAUGAAAGGCAUAACUUUAAAUGAUUUUGAUUUGUCAGAUAUUAAUUGGGAAGAACAUUUUGAUAGUAAAGAAGAGUCUAAAUGUAAUAAAAAUAAUUUACAAACACAGAGUUCUGUAUUAAAUCAAUUUAAUAGAAGAAAAGAUGAUUCUGAAGAAUUUCAAGGGACCUAUCCUCAUUCUGAAAUUGUAUUUGAAACUUUGAAUCAUAAGUUUGGUCUUCAAUCAUUUAGACCACAUCAAAGAGAAAUUAUAAAUGCUAGUUUAAAUAGUCAUGAUAUAUUUGUUCUUAUGCCAACUGGAGGUGGAAAAAGCUUAUGCUAUCAACUUCCUGCUAUCCUUGCACCAGGUGUCACAAUUGUUAUUUCACCUUUACGAGCAUUAAUUAGUGAUCAAGUAGACAAAUUAAAUGCCCUGGAUAUUCCAUCGGCACAUUUAUGUUCUGAUGUUUCAAAAAGUGAUACCAAUACAAUUUUUAACAAGCUUUGUGUGAGAGAACCUUUGCUAAAAUUGCUUUAUUUGACACCUGAGAAAAUUGUUUCAUCCUGCAAAGUUUUAGACAUGUUAAAAAACUUAUAUGAGAGAGAUAAGUUGGCAAGAGUAGUAAUUGAUGAAGCUCAUUGCUUAUCCCAAUGGGGUCAUGAUUUUAGACCAGAUUACAAACAAUUAUCUUUAAUUCGGAGACAGUUUUCUAAAGUGCCUAUUAUAUGCUUAACAGCUACUGCUACAAAACAAGUACAAGGUGAUGUUGUUAAUAUUUUACACCUAAAGGAUGUCAAGACAUUUAUACGGAGUUUUAAUAGACCUAACAUUAAAUACAAGGUUAUUCCAAAAAGUGGAAAAAAUGUGAUAAAUGAAAUUGCUGCCUUGAUUAAAUCAAAAUUUUUAAAAAAAUCUGGAAUAAUUUACUGUUUAUGUAGAGCUGAUUGUGACAAUUUAGCAAAAGAUUUAUGUAGGGUAGGUAUCAAAGCUAAACCCUAUCAUGCUGGAAUGGCUGACAAAGCAAGAGAAAAGCAACAGAGGGAAUGGAUGCAAGAUCAAUUUCAUGUUAUUGUAGCUACAAUUGCCUUUGGUAUGGGAAUAGAUAAGCCUGAUGUUAGGUUUGUAAUUCAUAACUCCAUACCUAAAUCAGUGGAAGCUUUUUAUCAAGAAUCAGGUAGAGGAGGAAGAGAUGGGAAGGUUUCAUACUCUUAUUUAUUUUAUAACUAUAAUGAUGUAGUUCGACUUCAAAAAUUAAUAACUAUGGAUAGAUCUAUGAAAAAGCAUACAUUAGACGGUCAUUUUGAAAGCUUAAAGCAAAUGGUUUCUUAUGCUGAAAAUAAAGUUGACUGUAGAAGGUAUUUGCAACUAGUUCAUUUGGGAGAAUAUUUUGACAAAAAACUCUGUUUACAAGAUAAAGAUACCAUUUGUGAUAAUUGUGAAAAUGUAACAGAAUAUAAAAAAUAUGGAUGUUAGUAAAGAAGCUACAGAACUAUUUUUGUUAGUUAAAGACAUUGCCACUAAAGAAAAUGUAACAUUGCUACACAUUGCAGAAAUAUAUAAGGGAUCUAAAAUUAAAAAAAUAAUUAUGAAAGGUCAUGAUAAACACAGAUUUUAUGGUGCAGGCAACAAAUUGGAUAAAAAUGAUAUACAAAGGAUAUUAAAAGAAUUGCUUUUAAAAAAUAUUCUAUCCAAUUUUUGCACAUACACUGGUGAUUUUCCUGUAGUAUAUAUAAGACCAGGUUCUCAAUCUAUAAAUUCAAAUGUUAAAUUUACUAUUCCAAUGUGUCUUGUUGAGAGUAAAGCAGUCGAAAUUAAAAAAACAUCACUUGAAAUUGUAACAUCUUCUACAAUGACGUCCACAGUUAAUGUUACAUAUAAUUUUGAAUUAAAUCAAAUUUUCUUAAACUGCCAUGAAGAACUGUUAGCUGAAGUUAGUAAAUUGGCAGUUCAAAAUUGUGUUACUAUGUCUUCAAUCAUGAAUUUGUCUGCAAUACAAAGUAUGGCAGAACUUUUGCCAAAAAGUGAGGAAGAAUUUUUCAAAAUCCAGCAUGUUACAAAGGCUAAUUUUGCCAAAUAUGGAAAAUAUUUUUUACCAAUUACCUUAAAAUAUAGAGAACAACGGGAUAAAAUAAAAUCUUCUCAAGAAAGUUCAAGCAUGAUGCAAAGAGAAUCAAGUCAAGGUAGUAAAAGAAAAUCUACAGAAGUAAAUGUUGGAUGCAAAAAGUACAAACGUAGUACACGCAAAAAGACAAAACCAACAAAAAGGAAAAGUUCAAAAAAAAAAGUUAAAACAUCAUCUAAAAAUAUUGGACUUAUGCCUAUAAUGCAUUUUAAAUAAUAAUGUAAUUACUUCCUUAUUAAAGUCGUAAUGUUUAAGUUUUUUUUGUAUUUUUGUAAUAAAGUUAAUUUUGUAAAAA